AUGUACUUUAGAUACUGUCUAGUGUUAUUAUACAUAACAAAUAUAAAAGCAAGAAUGGUGUGGAAAGAUGUAAAAGAAUUUAAAAAAAUUGUUGUUGGUUCAUAUAAAGAUGUGGAUAGAAUGGUAUCUCCACAGAGCUCUUUGCAUCCUACAAACUUAUAUAUCAAUAGUAAACGUGGUGAAAUAUAUAACCUAAGCGAGUUUGGUUGUCAAGUAGAGAUGAAAUAUAAAAUGGAAGUUACAGCUAGUGAAUCUGGCAAUAAUGUCUAUAAAUGCAGUAAAACAACUGAUAAGAAUGGCAUUCGUAGUUUAGAAAAUAACCAACCUUGCUCUUCAGAUAUAUAUUUGAAAUUUUAUAGGUGUUUAAUUGAGAUGUUUCCUACAGUGGAUGGAAGAGCAACAAUUUAUUCAGAAGAAAAAUAUUCAUUUUUAGCUUUUCUUAAUAAUAUUCCAGAGAAAAAAGACAGGCUGAGACUGCUUGCUUCUUUGUUUUUACUUUCUAAGGGAGUGGGUAUUUCUUUAGAAAUAAAAACAAAUGAAGCUAAACAUGACGUGCUUGUUCUUAAAACAUCUAGAUAUAGCACUGAGAAUUACUUUAGUACUGAAUUGAAGCUAGGAAAUAGAAUUUACAAAAAUAAAAUGGAUGAAAAUGAACCAUGCUUGCUAGAUGAUAAAUAUUAUUACACGCAAACUGAAAAUAUAGUUGAUUUCUAUAAAGAAGCUAAAGAUAAACAAUUAGAAAAUAUAUCCAAUCCUAUUACUGAUUUAAAGGUUACACAUACUAUAGGUAUGUCCAACGCGCUUAUACAAACAUAUAUAUUUGAGUAUAUAUCCAGUAAAGAAGAUAUGAAAGCAUAUCUUAUAGAAACAUUUAAUAUACUAAAAGAAAAUGUUGAAGCAAUAGAAAGAAAAGAAUAUUUAAAUUCUGCAGAAACGAUCGCUAUAACUGUUUUUAAAGAUAUAUUCUGUCGUAUAGAUAAAGAAUUGUUAGAUAUAGAAGCAGAAAUCAUUAAAACUAUAGAAAGUACUAAUAAUUGUGUGAGUGAAUAUGUGUUUAUUCCCUUUCAUAGAGAACUAUCCAUGCCAGAUAUUCUACGUACUUGCUACAAAAAUAAUGAAUUGUCUCUAACUGGCAUGGCUUCUAGUUCUAGGAAUACAUCCAACCCAUCCAUGCAUUUCUCUCCUACUAACCUAGAAUAUCUUUCUGGUUUAGAAAAGCUUACUAUUGGGACAGAAACUAGCAUACUUACUCUACUUUGCUGCUGCUUCUAUAACAGCACAGAUAUGGAGUACACUCUUAAAAGAAUUGAAAAUUCUCCCGUAGAAUUAAAGCAGUUCUUUACUAAAUACAGAGACCUAUUUGACACAGAAGAUUUAAGUGUUCACUAUGAUUGGUAUAAAUUGUUUAAUACUUUGACACAUAAGAAUUCAUCAAAUUCUAGCCUUAAACCUCAGUAUUGUAAUGGAGGCUUGCUAAGCAUGCUUUCUAUUAUUUUAGACAUAACUAAUAUGUUUGAAGUCAUAAAGGAAGAACUAAAUGAGCUUAUUAAAAAAGUAAGAGAAGAAAAAAACUUAAGCUCAAAGCUGAUGGCGGAUACUAAUAAUUUAGUUAAUAAAAUAUUGGCCUUGCUUUCAUUCAAUAAAAAAAUGGAAGUAUCGACAGACACAGAUCUUAGAAUAGGCACACUUAAAAACCAUGAAUCUGAUAUAUUUGGGAAAUUGCAUAUAAGCAUCUCCACUACUCCUUCAAUUGUGAGAGAAUUAACUAUUAAUUUUAAUUUUGAUAAAAUAACUGCUGAAUAUAUGGAUAUGUCAUCUAACCACGAUUAUUUGGUAAAAAAGUGUAUUAAUUCGAUGUGUAAUCCAGAAAUGAAAUGCAAAUUGCAUCCUGCUGCCACCAAUUUAAGUGAAAUUUUUAGUUUCAUUAUAUACAAAGCGGAUAAAUUAAAGAGUACGCUAUGUGGAAAGGAAACUCUAUACUCUAUUAUAUCUUUUAAUUUUGCUCUAAUUAAGCUUAAACAAUUCGAUCUAUAUUAUCUAUUUUCAUGCGGAAGAAUUAUAUAUACAUCCGAUAAAAAGCAGAUAGUAAAAUGUAUCUCGUCAGUUGAUUAUAAUAAUAGUGAUAGAAAUAACUAUUUCAUUGGUAGAAAUGUUAUUGUUAAUAUUGUAGGAAGUAUGAUAAAUUUCAAAACAAGCGCAAUAGAUAAAGUAAUUUAUGCUAUUGCUUCUGAUUUGGGGGUUGACUGCUUUAAUGAUAAUAUAAUAAUGGAUGAAAAAGUUUAUUCGAAAUUAAAGCCUGCUACUAGAUUUGUGAUGCCAAAAUUAGAUUGAGAUGAUAAUUUAGAUAAAGAAGCAGAUGAUGAUUCUGAU